AUGGCGCGGAAGAAAGGCGCCAAGCGCGGGGACGAUAACGAGGACGAGGCAUCUGCAGAAGCCCCGGCCGUAGAGCAGGAAACCAAGAAGGGCGGUAAGGCCGCCCGGAAGAACCGCAAAGGGAGGGCCGGAGACGAUGACGACUACGAGCCUCCGCCCGAUGACGUGGAUGAUGAACCAGUCUCGUCAGUCAAAAGCAAGGGUAAGGGCAAGAGUGGUGCGUCCGGGUUCGCUGCGCUGAUGGACGCAGAGAAUGGCGGGACGGCGGAGGAUGCGGAGGAGGACGAGGAGGAGGAGGAGAGGGCGAGGGGUAGGCGAGGCAACGGAGGGAAGAAAGCAGGACAGGACGAGGAUGACGAGGAGGAGGCGCGGGGAGGCGGGGGCGGGGGAGGGAAGAAGGGCGGAAAGAAGGGCAAGAAAGGUAAGAAUCGUCGCGACGACUUCGACGACGAUUUCGCAGACCCCGUUGCGGACGCAGCGGCGGAAGAGAACGGCAAACCCGUCGCCGCUAAACCCGAGGAGGGGGACAGCGAUGGGACAGUUGGGCCGGGGUAUUUGGUGGUGGGGGAGAUCAAAUCGGCGCGCAAGGUGAAGAAGGCCGACAAGCUCAAGGCGUGCCUCGUCGACAUCGGCGGCGCGUCGCCCAUUCCGAUCGUGUGCGGCGGGACCAACGUGCGCGCGGGGCUGCGCGUGAUCGUGUGCCCCGCGGGGUGCGCCGUGCCGUCGACGGGCGCGGCGGUGAAGAAGGCGAGCAUCAAGGGCGAGGAGAGCCUCGGGAUGAUCUGCUCGCGCGCCGAAAUGGGGUGGGCGGACGCCGCCACCGAGGUGGUCGAGCUGGACGUGGGCGCGUUCAACGUGGGGGAUCGGGCGCCGCUGGAAGAUCUCAAUGUAGGUGCUGGUGACGUGGCCGAGGAGGCGGAUGACGUGGCAAUGGCGUUCACGGGGAAGAAGAAGGGGAAGAAGGGGAAGGGGGGGAAGGGGAAGAAAGUGGAGGAGGAAGAGGAGGACGAGGAGUCAGUGGUGACGAGCAUUCCGCGCGACGAGGAGGAGGCGGAGGAGGAUUCGAUGGCUAUGGCGUUCGCGGGUAAGAAAAAGAACAAGAAGAAGGAUAAGAAGGGACGGAAGCAGCAGCAGGAGGAGGACGACGAGGAGGAGGAGGAGGCGAGGGAAGAAGUGGCGGUGGAGGAGGAGGAAGAGGAGGAGGUGGUGUCGAGUAAGAAGGCGAGUUCCGCUCUGCAGCUGCUGGCGGCGCUGGGCGACGAGGGGGGUGAGGAGGACGAGGAGGAGAAGGAGGAGGAGGAGGAGAAGGAGAAGGAGGAGGAGGAGGAUGAGAUGGCUGUGGCGUUCAGCGGUAAGAAGAAGGCGAAGAAGGGCAAGAAGAAAAUGACCUCCGCGCAGCUCGACGCGCUCAUGGCGGAGGCCGACGGCGACGCGGCGGAGGCGGGGGCGCAGGAGGCGGAGGAGGCGGAGGAGCGCAAGGAGGAGGAAGGGGGGAAGGGGAAGAAGGGGGGGAAGGCGGCGGCAGGGGAGGACGACAUUGACGCGCUGCUCAAGGAGCUCGAGGCGCCCAAGGCGGGGGGCGGGGGGGGCAAGAAGAAGAAGAAGGAGAAGGAGGGGAAGAAGAAGAGUGGGCGCACGGCGGAGGAGGAGGCGGAGCUCGACCGCAUCCUCGCGGAGCUCGACGCGCCCGCAGCCCCGCCCGCGGGAGGGCAGGCGCCCGCCGCCGAUGGGAAGGCGGACAGCGCUGCUGCUGAGGCGGAGGCGGGCAAGGCAGACGCCGCCGCUGCUGGUGAUGCUGCUGCGGAGGGGGAGGGGGAGGAGGAGGAGGCAGGGGGGGGCGGUGGAGGGGCGGAGUCAGCUGCAGCGAAGAAGAAGAAGAAAAAGAAGGAGAAGGAGAAGGCCGCCAAGGCCGCCGCGGCAGCCGCCGCCGCUGCUGCUGCUGCAGGCGCGAAGGAGGAGGAGGCGGCGGCGGAGGGCGCGGGGAAGGCGGUUGACCUGAAGAAGCUGCCGAAGCACGUGCGCGAGAUGCAGGAGCGGCUGGCGCGGCUGAAAGAGGCGGAGGAGAAGCGCAAGCGCGAGGAGGAGGAGCGCGAGCGCAAGGAGAGGGAAGAGGAGGAGCGACUGGCUGAGCUGGAGAGGCAACGCGAGGAGGCGAAGCAGCGGCGCAAGCAGAAGGAGAAGGAGAAGAAGGAGCAGCUUAAGAAGGAGGGCAAGCUGCUGACGGGCAGGCAGAAGGAGGAGGCGAAGCGGUUGGCCGCCAUGCGCGAACAGCUGCUCGCGCGCACUGGGGGCGCCGAGGGCGACGAGGGCGCUGGGGCGGGCGCGGGGAAGAAGCGCGGUGGCGUGUUUGACCGGCGGAAGAAGGGGAAGCAGCAGCAGCAGAAGCAGGAGGCGGGUGGGAAGGAGGAGGGGAAGGAGGACGCGGAGAAGGGUGGCGAGGAGGAGGCGAAGGUGGAGGAGGGUGCGGAUGGGAGUGUGGUGGAAGGUGUUAGUGAGGCUGUAGAGAAAGUGGAGGAAGCAGCAAAUGAAGAAGAGAAGGAGGAGAAAGAAGAGGAGAAGAAGGCGGAGGUGAAGGAAGAGAAGGAGGAGGUGAAGGAGGAAGAGGAAGAGGAAGAGGAGGAGGAGGACUGGGAUGCAAAGAGCUGGGAUGCGGAGGCAGUGAAGAUACCCAAGCUUAAGGGCGCGUUCGAUGAGGAGGAAGAGGAGGAGGAGGAGCAGCAGGUUAGUGCUGCUGCUGCUGCUGCUAAACCUGCUGCCAAGGCCAAGCCGGCAGACGGGGCUUCCAAGAAGGCUGCUGCUGCUUCCAAGGCGAAGGGUAAAGCGGCAGGCGGCAAGGGGAAAGUGGAGGAGGAGAGUGAGGAUGAGGAGGAUAGCGAGGAGGAGGACGAUGAUGAUGAUGAUGAGGAGAGUGACGAGGAGGAAGGCGAGGAGGCGCGGAGGAUGGAGGCGAGGGAGCGGCGCGAGCAGCGGAAGCAGGAGGCGAUGAAGGCACGCAGCGCGGAGGACCUGCGGUCGCCCAUCUGCUGCAUCCUGGGGCACGUGGACACCGGCAAGACCAAGCUGCUCGACUGCAUCCGCCGCACCAACGUGCAGGAGGGCGAGGCGGGCGGCAUCACGCAGCAGAUCGGCGCCACCUACUUCCCCAUGGCCAACAUCCGCGAGCGCACACGCGAGCUCAAGGCCGACGCCAAUCUGCGCGUGCCGGGGCUGCUGGUCAUCGACACGCCCGGCCACGAGUCGUUCACCAACCUGCGUGCGCGCGGGUCCGGGCUUUGUGACAUUGCGAUCCUGGUGGUGGACCUGAUGCACGGGCUGGAGCCGCAGACCAUCGAGUCGCUCAACCUGCUCAAGAUGAGGAAGACGCCCUUCGUCGUUGCCAUGAACAAGGUGGACCGCAUAUACGGGUGGAACGCGACGCCCAAUGCGCCCAUCCGCGCGGCGCUGAAGAAGCAGACGAGAGACGCCAUCCUCGAGUUCGACCGCCGCACCGACCAGGUGAUGCUGGAGCUGAAGGAGCAGGGGCUGAACGCGGCGCUGUACUACAAGAACCCCGACAUCCGCAAGUUCAUCUCCAUCGUCCCCACCUCCGCCAUCAGUGGCGAGGGCGUACCGGACCUGCUGCUGCUGCUGGUGCAGCUGACGCAGAAGCUGAUGGAGGAGCAGCUCAUGUACGUGGCGAGCGUGCAGUGCACCGUGCUGGAGGUCAAGGUCAUCGAGGGCCUCGGCACCACCAUCGACGUCGUGCUCGUCAACGGCGUGCUGCACGAAGGGGACCAGAUUGUCGUGUGCGGCCUGCAGGGUCCCAUAGUGACAACCAUCAGAGCGCUGCUGACGCCACACCCCAUGAAGGAGCUGCGAGUCAAGGGCUCGUACAUGCACCACAAGGAGCUGCGGGCAGCGCAGGGCAUCAAGAUCACGGCGCAGGGGCUGGAGCACGCCGUGGCGGGCACGCAGCUGUACGUGGUGGGACCAGACGACGACGUGGACGAGCUGAGAGAGGAGGCCAUGGCGGACGUCAAGGGCGUGCUGUCGCGCGUCGACAAGAGCGGAGAGGGCGUGAGCGUGCAGGCGAGCACGCUGGGGUCGCUGGAGGCGCUGCUGGAGUUCCUCAAGAGCCCUGCCGUGAAGAUCCCCGUGUCUGGCAUUGCCAUUGGGCCGGUGCACAAGAAGGACGUGAUGAGAGCGAGUGUGAUGCUGGAGAGGAAGAAGAAGGAGUAUGCCGUCAUCCUCGCCUUCGACGUCAAGGUAUCAACGGAGGCGAAGGAGAUGGCGGAGGAGCUGGGAGUGCGCAUAUUCACAGCAGACAUCAUCUACCACCUGUUCGACCAGUUCACCGCUUACAUGGCGGGCGUCAAGGACGAGAAGCGCGCGGAGGCGGCGGAGGAGGCGGUGUUCCCGGUGGUGCUCAAGAUCAUGCCCAAUUGCAUCUUCAACAAGAAGGACCCCAUCGUGCUUGGCGUUGAGGUGCUGGACGGCAUUGCCAAGGUGGGCACGCCCAUAUGUGUGCCGGGGCGGGAGUUCAUAGACAUAGGCAAGAUAGCAUCCAUGGAGAAGGACCACAAGAUGGUUGAAACCGCCAAGAAGGGCCAGGCCGUCGCCAUGAAGAUCGUGGGGGUGAACGCGGAGGAGAUUCAGAAGUCGUACGGGCGGCACUUUGACAGCGAUGAUGAGCUCGUCAGCCGCAUCACGCGCAACUCCAUCGACCUCCUCAAAGAAAACUACCGCACCUGCUCAAUUUUUGUCAUCCUGCCUCCCCAUCUAUCAUCUUCUGUUGCCUCAUCUUCUGUUGUUCGAAUCUCUUCGCAUUCUCUUGCCAUCCUCUCUCCCCUCUGCCCCCCCCGUGGCAUGGACCAGGACGACUUGAGUCGAGAGGAUUGGAUCCUGGUGGUGAAGCUCAAGAAGCUCUUCGACAUUCCCUAG